AUGGGAUGCUUCCAUUCCACAGCCAAGCGGCAGCAUCCUGGCUACGAGGACCCCGUGCACCUCGCCUCCCAGACCUCCUUUAGUGUUAGUGAGGUUGAGGCUCUAUUCAAGUUGUUCAAGAGCAUAAGUGGUUCAGUGAUUGACGAUGGCCUGAUCAACAAGGUAUAUUCUAUUACUCAUCUCUGUAUUCCUUGCUAUAUUGUCAGUUUUGUGUAUGAACAUCAAAACAAGCCACUCAGACGUAGAAAACUUGACAUACAUUACUCCAUUCCGAAGGACAAUCCUUCGGAGAAGGAUAUUAACCAGGGGAUGCUUGUUAUAUUUAAUGUUGACCCCUCUAUAACAAACAAUGAUAUCCAUCAGAUAUUUAGCGAAUAUGGUGACAUAAAAGAGAUUCAUGAUGCACCGCAAAAGGGCCAUCACAAAAUUAUAGAAUUUUAUGAUGUCAGAGCAGCCGAAGGUGCAGCUCGUGCUUUAAACAGGAGUGAUCUUGCUUGCAAGAAAAUAAAACUGGAGACUGGUCGUCUGAGUGGUGCUAGACGUUCAACACAGCACAUGUCCAAGGAGUUGGGGCAGGAAGAAUUUGGCGUAUACAACCUGGGCAGUCCAAGCACAAAUAGCCCUUCAUUGCCUUCAUUGGGUUCAUCUAAUAUAGUAGCAAUGACAUCUUGUGGACGUGAAAAUGGGAGUAUGCAUGGUUUGCAUUCUGGACUUCUCACAUCAAUGAGCCCGUUCAGAGAGGCUUCAUUUCUGGGUCUAUCAUCUACCCUACCACAGAGCCUGUCCUCUCCCAUUGGAAUUGCUUCUGCUGCAACUCAUAGUAACCAGGCUCCCCUUGGUGAGCUCAGCCACUCUCUUAGUCGGAUGAAUAGGCAUGUGAAUUAUGGUUUUCAAGGCUUGGGUGCUAUUCAUCCCCAUUCUCUUCCUGAUGUUCACAAUGGAGCAAAUAAUGGCACCCCUUACAAUCUGAACACCAUCACACCUGUUGGUGUCAAUAAGAACUCAAGAACAGUUGAAGCAGUUGACAGCAGACAUCUUCAUAAAGUGGGUUCUGGCAAUCUCAAUGGGCGCUCAUUUGAUCGUGCCGGUGAAGGAGUUGUAAAGUGGUGGUGAUGAACACAUAAUUCACACAGGUGAGAUAGUCAAAUGAUGAAUAUAUGCACCCUGGAAGGCUGCUACUAAUUACACAUUCCUUGAACCUUCCUGUAAAAGCUUAGUAUGAAAGAUGUAAGCUUUAUUUGAAGGCAAGAAUGCAUGAAGAUUUUUUU